AUGGAAAUGGCGGCCGCCGCUUUUUUCAGGCCUGGAGCAGCUGAGCGUAAAAAGCCAGCAAGUAUGGAAGAAAAAGAAUCUUUACUAAACAGCAAGGAGAAAGACUGCAGUGAAAGGCGGCCAGUGAACAGCAGGGAGAAACCAAAAGAGGAGAUCAAGCUUACCGCCAAGAAGGAGUUUAUUAAGGUCCCUGAAGAUAAGAAGAAGAUAAAAGAAAAAAAGAAGACAAGGAACGCAAGAAAAAAGAAGAAGAAAAGCAAAUACAUUGCAGAGGCUGUAGCUUCUAUUGUGGAAGCAAAGCUAAAAAUAUCCGACGUGAAUUGUGCUGUGCACUUGUGCUCGCUGUUUCACCAGCGCUAUGCUGACUUUGCCCCAUCACUUCUUCAAGUUUGGAAAAAACAUUUUGAAGCCAGGAAAGAAGAGAAAACACCUAACAUUACCAAGUUAAGAACUGAUUUGCGUUUCAUUGCAGAAUUGACAAUAGUUGGGAUUUUCACUGACAAGGAAGGUCUUUCCUUAAUCUAUGAACAGCUGAAAAAUAUUAUUAAUGCUGAUCGAGAGUCCCAUACUCAUGUUUCUGUGGUGAUUAGUUUUUGUCAACAUUGUGGAGAUGAUAUUGCUGGGCUUGUACCAAGGAGAGUAAAGAGUGCUGCAGAGAAGUUUAAUUUGAGUUUUCCUCCUAGUGAGAUAAUUAGUCCAGAGAAACAGCAACCUUUCCAGAAUCUUUUAAAAGAAUACUUUACGUCUUUGACCAAACAUCUGAAAAGGGACCACAGGGAGCUACAGAAUACUGAGAGACAAAACAGGCAUAUUCUACAUUCUAAAGGGGAGUUAAGUGAAGAUAGACAUAAACAGUAUGAAGAAUUUGCUAUGUCUCAUCAAAAGCUAUUGGCAAAUUCUCAAUCCUUAGCAGACCUUUUGGAUGAAAAUAUGCCAGAUCUUCCUCAAGAUAAACCAACACCAGAAGAGCAUGGGCCUGGAAUUGAUAUAUUUACACCUAGUAAACCUGGAGAAUAUGACUUAGAAGGUGGUAUAUGGGAAGAUGAAGAUGCUCGGAAUUUUUACGAGAACCUCAUUGAUUUGAAAGCUUUUGUUCCAGCCAUCUUGUUUAAAGAUAAUGGAAAAAAGUUGUCAGAAUAA